ACCUAACUGCCGCGCCGCCGUCACCCCUACCGCGGCUCCCAUUCGCCCAGGCAGCUGUCAAUCACACCGUCUCGCCCGCCUCUCGGACCCGGUAUCGCGCCGCGUAUCGAGUCUUUCAACUCAAGCGGAGCGCCGGCCUUCUUAACACGCUGACGCCUGCCCCACCCCCCAGGCAGGGACAUGGCCACUGUGACAGUCGGGGAGAACCAGCUACAAAGGAUUAUCAGAGAUCUGCAGGAUGCUGUAAUAGAGCUAAAGCGGGAACACAACGAGCUUGGAGAACCAAUCACCGAUGACAGCGUGAGCCUCCACAAGUUCUCCUAUAAGCUGGAGUACCUGCUGCAGUUUGACCAGAAAGAGAAGAAAACUUUGCUGGGCACAAGGAAAGAUUACUGGGAUUAUUUCAGUGACUGCCUUGGCAAGAUUAAGGGAGCCAAUGACGGGAUCCGCUAUGUCAAGUCCAUCCCUGAGCUGAAGACUUCCCUGGGGAAAGGCAGAGCCUUCAUCCGCUACUCCUUGUUCCACCAGCGACUGGCCGACACCCUGCAGCAAUGCCUGAUGAACCAGCGGGUCACCAGCGACUGGUAUUAUGCUCGCAGCCCAUUCCUGAAGUCCCACCUUGCAGCGGGUAUCAUCAAUCACCUGUACGAGCUAAACGAGGUCCAGUUUGACGUGGCUUCCAGGGGCUUCGACCUGGACUCGUCCUGGCCCACUUUCGCCAGGAGGACACUGGGAUCGCCGGCCCACAUGUGGAGGCCCCCCAGCCGCAGCUCCAGCAUCAGCAGCCUGGUUAGCAGCUACUCACAGGCCCCUGAGUUCGUAUGCAGCCCUGAGCCAGGCCCGAGCUUCAUAAGUGACCUGAGUAGCCUGACCCCCUGCAGUGCCGCAGAAGACCUGCGGGUGGAGCUGGACCAGUCUGAGCUGAGGCAGCAGGAGCUGUUGGAGCAGGUGGAACGGGCGAAUGAGGAGGCAGCAGGUCUGCGCGCCCUAGUGAAGUCCCUGGAGAGCCAGCUGGAGGCCCGGCACCGCAGUGCCAACCAAAAGAAUGAUGAGCUCCUGGCUAGGCUUGAUGCCGCACUAGUCGAGAUGGGGCAGCAUGCUGUUGGCCAUCUAGACUAUGCCCAGAAAAUCCAUGUGCUUCUGGACAAACUCAAGGAAGCAGAGAAGGCAAAGUUUGAGGCUCUGCGUGAGGCUGAAACAAGACGGCAAGAGGCAGAUGGACUGGCUGAAGAUUUGAGGCGUGAUGAAGCAUCGGGCUGUGAAAUGGAGGAGAUGCACAGUACCAUUGAAAAACUGCAGGGGGCGCUAGCAGUUAAGGAGAAGGAGUCCCGCAAGCUUCAAAUGCAGCUGCUUGACUUGCAGAGCUCCCUAGAGGCAAGGGAUCGGCAGGUAGAAGAGCUGAAGUGGAAGUUGCAGGAGGAGAAGGGCAACCUUAAUGUGCGACAGGGCAGUGAUUGGAACGAGCUGGAGGGGCAACUCCAUGCACUCACAAAGCAACUGGGGGCCGAGAAAGAGGAGCUGUCUGUCAGCCCCGAGAUGGAGACGCAGGAGCAGAGUGUGAGCACUGGCCUGGUCGAGUCGGAGGCUGACGUGCAGCAGCAGCGCGGGAAGGUGGAUGACUACAAGGCGCGGUGUGCCUGUCUGAUGGAGCUCAAUGACAGGAUGCUCCAGAUCAUGAGCAGGAAUAAGGAAACCAAGAGGGAGCUGACGGAGGUCCAGGAGGCGCAUAUGGGGGGGCAGGCAGCUGACACCAUGGUUCAGGGUGUGAUACGGAGGCUACAGCUGGAAAACCGGGAGCUGGGGGAGAAGCAGGGCAUCCUGACAGAGGCACUGUCAUCCACGCGGGAGGAGCUGCGUGCCAUUGGCUGCCACAUCACUGAGCUGGAGAGCAGCCUCACCUCCUCCAGGAGGAGUGAAGCCACAUUCCGGGAGCAGUUGAAGGGGGCUGGUCUCUUAGAGAGCAGGGAUCAGCAGAGCGAGGAGCUGCAGGCCGGGCUGCAGAGUACGGAGAGAGGUCCCUCCGCACUGGCACUGCAGGCACAGCUGGAGCUGCAUGUGAAGGAGGUCUCCCGGCUCCAGACCGAGGCUGUGGACCUGCGCUGCAGGGUCCAGGACCUGGCAAAGGAGAAGCUUAAGGCCCAGGCCCAGCUGGAAGUGGCAGAGGCCUCCUGUGAGGAGCUGAAGUCCCUGACGGACCAGCUAAAGUCCCAGGUGGAGGAGCUGAACCGGCGGCAUGUGCAGGAGAUCCUGCUGCACCAGCAGAGGGAGGAGAUGCUGGAGACUGAGGAGGAGGCCCACAGCCUGGAGAGCGCCUCUUGCAGGGAGGAGCUGGAUGUGCUAAAGCAGCGUCUUGAGCGGCUAGCCUUGGAGCACGCCGAGACCAAGGCGUACCUGGAGAAGGCCACCACAGAGACGGCUGAGCUGGGCAUCCGCGUAGGUGGCCUGACGUCCGAGAAGGAGGAGGCUUACGGCCGGCUGCAGGUACUGGAGCAGGAGAACACCAGCCUGCACAAGCGACUGCAGCAGGCAGAGGCUCUCUCAGGCACCGUGCCUCAGCUUCAGGAGAGGCUGAAGCAGGCUGAGGUCCGAGCAAGGGAGGAGGUGGACACUGUCAGGUUCCAGAUGAGCGGUGAGGCCUUGACCCUCCAGAACCAGCUCCAGUGUGCCAGUGGAGAGCUGGAGAGUGUCAGGCAGUGGCAUGCAGUGGAGUUGGAGAAGACGCGUGGGCUGGAGGCCAGGCUAUCCCAGCUGGAGGAUGAAAUUGGCAGAUACUCGCAGCUGCUGGAGGAGAGAAACGUCCUUGUGGAGAAGUCGGAGUCCGUGAUUCAGCAGAAGGGUGCAGAGAUGGUCAGGCUGACUGAGAAUCUGACAAGCGCCGAGGAGGAGCUGUCCGCCACACAGGCCGCCUGCCGCGACCUGAGGGAGCAGAUGGAUCUCGCGGCUGCCGACAGGCGCAGCUGUGACAUGAAGACCGCGGCCGAGAUAGACGACCUUUACCGGACCAAGAAGAACCUGGAGGAGCGGCUCAUCGAGCUAAUCCAGGACAAAGACGCCCUGUUCAAGCAGAAUCUGCGCUCUGAGGAGCCGAAUGACCGCGACGGCACCCACUGCCUCGGCUGCCAGGGCCAGUUUAGCUGGUGGCUCCGGCGCCACCCCUGCAGGCUGUGCGCCCGUCCCUUUUGCUAUUACUGCAGCAACAGCGCCACCAGGAUGUUGGCCAGCGGAAAGCGAGACCGCUGCUGCCGGGACUGUGGGGCCGCGCCGGGCCGCACCUCGGAUCCUGACGUCGGCAGCCCCCCCAACACACCCAGCAGCCACUCCUCUCCCUACAGGCCAACACCCAUUGGCGCAGCGACGCCGCAGUCACCUAAGGUGGACGAUGGCGUGUUUGACAUCAUCUCAGAAGAGGAGGUGAAUGAAGUGCAUGACGGCGAUUCCUUCUCUCAGGUGAUGGAGGGCUCUCCUGAGCGGACGCCCGGCACGCUUCAGCCAAGAGCUCUGGACCUGAGUAAUAGUGUGGGAGACAUGACCCUUGACGACACUGAUGAGUUGACUCCUGUUGUCCAGGAUGCUGAAAUAUACCUGCUAAAGUCUGGAGAACUCACGCUCCUGGUCCCCCUCAGCUUGGAGGACGUGGCAUGUUUUGGCGAGACCUCCCGGGAGCUCUUCAUUAAGUCCAGCUGCUACAGCUCCAUCGCUAUCACGGCACCUGAGGCUGGUCCUACCAUCGCCUGGGUCUUCUCCUCCGAGCCCAAGAGCAUCUCCUUCAGCGUGGUGCACAGACCAGCUGCUGACUCCCCCCUCGAGCAGAACAAGGUUCUGAUCCCGCUGACACGCUGUAACUCACACAAGGAAACCAUCCACGGACAGCUGAAAGUCAGGAACCCAGGAAUUUACACGUUCAUUUUUGACAAUUCUUUUUCCAGGUUCAUCUCAAAAAAGGUCCUAUAUCACUUGAUUGUUGAGAAGCCCGUAAAACACAAUGGGAGUGAGCCUUCCUAAUCACAGCCUGAUACCUCCUGCUUCUUAUUUAUUGAACCUUGUACGUGUGCCAAGAGGCUGCUGGUGUUUUAUUCUUAGCCACCCCCCCCCCCAAAAAAAAAUACAUGAAAACUGUUUAAAUCACUGUCAGAGGAAACAUUACACUGGAAUUGUGCACGUUGCAUUAACACACUAGUUCAGUGCUUACAAGAGUGUCAGGAGAAUGGUGACAUAUGGCUUUAAUAGGUAAAAUGCCGCAAUGUUAGGGUUUAAUUAUCAUAAAUCUAGCCCUGAGGGUAAGGAACACUAUGUCUUUGUUUGAUAACUGUGACUUUGAACUAUAUUAUGAUAUGUCAGCAGGUAUUUAACCAAUAUCAACCGUCGUCCUAUGUGGCUUUGAAAAAAGGAUGUCAACAAAAGAUGCUUUUACUUUUGAUUUAAACUCUGUUUAUUGCUGGUGCAGGUCUCUCUCUCACAAACAAACUGAAGGAAGGUAUCGAUGUUGAGAAAACGAGUAGUUUGUGUUAAAAUGCCACUAAGAUAUGCAGCUGUGAUUUUAAGAAAGCAUUGCUGUGCUUACAGAGAAACAUUUAAAUGUCAUGUUGAUGUUUGCUAUAAGCCUAUGCAGAACACCAAGUCGGCAGAGAAAGUGAUCUGCUUAUUUUUCCAAAGAACUACAUUUAGUUUUGUUUUCUUCAAAGUGAAACAUUGCACACUAAAAAGCUGAUUAGUGUUUACUAAUGACGCUUGUCUUUAUCAGUAACCUCACCUGAUUAUUCCUGCUGAAUGCUGCUUUGAAGAGAUGAUUAUGCAGUUUUAUAUUUCAUAAGGCAAAUGCACUUUUUCAUAGAAUGAAGGAUAUUUUUAACCUAAAUAAUAAAAAUUAAAGUCUCUCGUCUGAUGGGAGAAUUUCGAAAAGGCAUUUAAGGCAAGGUUAUGAUGAGUCCCAGCCAGUCGCAGUCGUGGAGAGUCAUGCCCUCUGUCGGCCAGUACACGGAUGUUUCUGUGAGAUAUACAGGUCGUUCAUCUCGGUAAUUAAGAUCACAGGUACCUCUGUGCCACAUAAAUCAAAGCUCUCGUAGGUGUGAGCGCUCUAUGACAGAAAUUCGGCACUCCGAGGUGACAGCCUCUCAUAGAUGAGAGGAAUGUUUGUAUCAGGAAAAAGCGUGACCAGUUUUGUUGGUACUCUCAAACAUGUAUAUUUGGUACUGAAAUAAAAUGUCAAAAUGCGCUUUA